AUGACAUCUUUCCCCGAUCUCCUCGACGUCCUCAUCAUCGGCGCCGGCCCCUGCGGCCUCGCCGUCGCUGCACGUCUCCACGAAGAAACACCAUCAGCCAUGUUCACAGACGAAGAGCAUCAGCGCUACCACUGGAUUAGCAAACAUAGUGGGCGGAUGGCGUUGGUGCAGGCACGGCAUAAGGGGAUUAAGGGCGUUAGGGCGGAGAAGUGGAAUGGAGGCCAUCAGGGGGGAACGAGUGAUAAGAGAAAGGCUAGUUUUGAUAUGAGGAGAGGGAGAGGGAGUACGUCAUCUAGUGGUAGUUCGUACUCAUCUGCUGGGCAGUCGUUAGAAGCGACUGGGGAGCAAGAUAGAGGAUUAUCGAUCAAGGUGCUUGAUAGUACUGGUGAUCAGUGGAUGGAAAAGUGGAAUCGGGCGUUCCGGGCGUUGGAGAUCCAGCAGCUUCGGAGUCCCAUGUUUUUCCAUGUUGACCCUGGAGAUCGGGAUGGGAUGCUUGCGUAUACGCAGGAGACAGGAAGGGAGAAAGAUCUCUGGGAAAUCUCUGGGUGUGUGGGGAAGGAGUUGAGCAAGCAUCAGAAGAAGAAGAAGCAGCAGAAGUCGAAGCAAACAAUAAGCCAGGUUGAAAUUGACGAACGGGACCGAAAAGAUUACUUCUCGCCAUCUACCGGCCUCUUCGAAGACUACUGCUCGUCCAUCGUCUCCCGCUAUGGCCUCAAUAAACCUGGUACAAUCCUCCACCGCGAAGUAGCAGAUAUCAAAUACGACGCACACCCCGAUUUCCCCGCAGAAGAGAAAAUCUUCACUGUGACAACCACAACCGGCGACACAUUCUAUGCCCGUGCUGUGGUCAUGGCCAUCGGACCUGGCCGAACCAAGAUCCUCCCCUUCCAGCCCUCUGACGAAGAGAAGCAGGGAUGCUGCCACAGCACGGAGAUUAAAGAGUUUCCUAGCCCCAGUGUGAGACAUAAGAUUCAGCAGAGACGACAGACGAAUAUCGUCGUUGUCGGGGGUGGUUUGUCGUCGGCGCAGAUUGUGGACAUGGCUAUUAGGAAAGGGGUCAGUAAGGUUUGGUUUUUGAUGAGGUCGGAUUUCAAAGUGAAGCACUUUGAUAUUGGACUGAGUUGGAUGGGUAAAUUCAAGAACUAUGAAAAAGCGGCGUUUUGGUCUGCGGAUACGGACGAAGAACGCCUUGAAAAGAUCAAAAUUGCCCGCAACGGCGGCAGUAUAACCCCCCGCUACCAAAAAAUAACCAAACACCACGCCUCCCGCAAUCGCUGUUCCAUCCACACCCGCACAGCCAUCGUCGACCGCCAAUACGACCCCAUGACCCAAACCUGGUCCCUCACCACUGACCCCCCCAUCGACCUCCCACCAAUCGACUACAUCUACCUCGCCACAGGCAUGGGCUUAGACGUCACCGAGCACCCCAUGCUGCAAAACAUGCAUCGCGACUACCCAAUCGAAUGCAAGCAAGGUCUACCCUGCAUCACGGACGAUCUGAUGUGGCAGCCUAAUCUACCAUUAUUUAUGACGGGAAGAUUAGCGGCCCUGCGAUUGGGACCGGGGGCGCCGAAUCUGGAGGGGGCGAGAUUGGGGGCUGAACGGGUGGCCUGGGGGAUGGAGGAUAUGUUUGGGCUUGGGGGGGAUGAGACAGAGGGGGAGGGAAAUAUGGAGAGGGAUUGUUUCUGUGGGUUGGGGAAUCGGUAUGCAGGGUUAGAUGUAGAUCUGUAGCUUAUCUGAGGUUGUUGUGAGACUAUACGGACUUCACUACUGAAGGACGAGGCUGAAGGGCUUGUAUUUUAGAAUAUGUAAUUCUAUGACGGAUACACAAUUCACCUAUAAAUAUCCU